CAUGUGCGUUGCGUUUUUUAGCAGCUGUACUUCUAUGAUAAAUGUCGUUAAAUAAAUUAUCUGUUUAUAUGUAACACAGUCGGACUAGAAACAUUAUACGAGUUCUAUUAAAUAGAGGGAGGUUAAAUUUCUGGAAAUAAGUGAUAUGUUGCGGUGAACUUUAUUCAAAAGUGUCAUGGAAUCGAAUUUAAUCGGUCUAAGCUAACAUGAAUGUGGCCUUUUGAUCGGAUUUUCUAUUCCUGGUAAAGACUGGUAUUAGCUAUAGGGGUUUCCAACUAUUUUCCACAGCUUGCAUCCUAACUUCCGAGCCUGUGCAUUUUCAGAGGACGUCCUGCGCUAUGUUUCGAGUCCGCUUAGCCGUUCAGGGAGUAUACAAAAGGAACUAUGUCAGCGACAGUCCACCAAAUAUCAAAAAUAGUGUAAUGACAUUACCAAAAUACAGGCGUUAUCUAAAGCCGGUUGAUCCAAAAUUGGAGGAGAAAUAUGCCAGUGCAAGGGUGGAACAAGGAUGGUCCCGUGAGUGGGCUGAAGCUGAGAGCAGAGAAUCGGACAAACUGAGCUUAUUUGAAAACGAUAACUACGGGAAUAAUAAGCACAACCUAUUCAGAAUGGUUCUACCGCCACCGAAUAUCACUGGAGAUCUUCACCUUGGUCAUGCAAUAACUGUUGCCAUUGAAGAUGCGAUCUGUAGAUACCGGCGGCUCAAUGGAGAUCAGGUCAUUUGGAUACCUGGGACGGAUCACGCUGGUAUCGCAACACAGGCAGUACUGGACCGUAAGAUUGCUAGAGAGGCUGAGCUGAACAGCCAACCAUCCGCUAACCAAAAUAGUCACUGGAGUACAAAGGAUGUGGAGUAUCGCCUCAAGGUAGCUGAAAACUGGAAACUACAAAAGGAGGACAGAAUCUUCGAGCAACUGGCUCGAAUGGGCGCCUCGUUGAGUUGGAGCAGAAAACUCUUUACCAUGGAUGAAAAGAUGAGCGCAUGUGUCAACGAGGCCUUUGUUCGAUUGUACCAACACGGAUUCAUAUACAGAAAUAAACGUUUGGUGAAUUGGUGUACGAAACUGCAGACAACGUUAUCGGAUAUCGAGGUUGACUAUAUUGACGUCCAGCCGAAUCAAAAACUUGAUGGAGUUAAUAUGGGUUGCAUGCACAACUUUGCCUAUCCUAUCUAUCAAGGCGGUAAUACUGGUGGAAGCAAUGGUGAUGACAACGGUCGCGGCGAGGUUAUUGUGAGCACUGGUCGAUUGGAAACCAUGCUAGCGGAUGUCGCUAUUGCAGUCCAUCCAGAGGAUAAGAGGUAUUCACAUUUAGAGCAUCUGAAGACACUACUGGAACAUCCCCUCACAGGAAGAAAACUUAUUCUCAUUAAGGAUUCGGAGGUGGAUAUUAACAGUGGCACAGGGGCAAUGAAAGUCACACCUGCGUACUCAAAGAUCGACUAUGAAAUGUGUCAACGACACGGCGUAUCAGACUUUGUUGAGUGUUUUGAUGAUCGCGGCAGACUUACUCUGGAAGGUUUUCAAGGAUAUAAUAGAGCUACUGCAACGGAUAAGAUUAAAGCCAAAUUAGAAGAACGUGGACUAUACAGGGGUUCGAAAGCAGUUACGCGCUCCAUACCGAUAUGCAGUCGUACUGGUACCCUCGUUGAUCAACGGUUGAGACCACAGUGGUAUCUUAAGUGUGAUGAUUUGGCUCAAAGAGCACUUGAAGAGGUCGAAAGUGGCAGAGUAAGUAUGGUACCAGCCUACCAUGCAAAGAUCUGGAAGGACUGGAUGUCUAAGCCGCAAGACUGGUGCAUUUCACGUCAACUUUGGUGGGGGCAUCGUAUUCCAGCUUACAGGUUGCCUUCAUCGGCCGACAAUUCCAAGGCUUCAUGGAUUGUGACAACAGACGAUCGAUCAGUGCCUCCUGGAGCUGAGAGGGAUACGGAUGUUUUAGAUACAUGGUUUUCUUCCGCGUUAUAUCCCCUCGUCGCGUUUGGCUGGCCCAAGGUGAGUCGCCCUCCAACGUUGAACCUCAUGGAAACGGGCCAUGAUAUCCUGAAGUUCUGGGUGGCACGAAUGAUGAUAGUUUCCUUAGCUUUGACAGACCGGCCACCGUUUAAAAAGAUAGUCCUGCAUGGGUUGUUGCGUGAUAGCAAAGGACAGAAAAUGAGUAAAAGCCUUGGAAAUGUGAUUGAUCCUCUUCAUAUCGUCGAAGGAGCAUCUCCGGAACAACUUUAUAAAGAGACAGAAAAGUUAUUUGCAAAAGGUUACCUUAACGAGAAAGAAAAGAACCGCGCCCACCAACAAACAAGUCGACUUUUCCCCAAGGGUGUGCUUCCACAUGGAGCUGACGCUUUGCGAUUAGCCCUCCUGAGUUGCGAUGUCUAUAUGGAAAAUGUGUCAUUUGAUGUACAAAGGGUCAUUACUGCAAGGAAUUUCUGCAAUAAAAUAUGGCAAGGGGUUAGAUUUUAUACACAGGCUAUAAUGACUAACGUUUCGGAAUCUAAAAAGCAUCUUGAACCUUUUGAUGUGUCGGCAUCUGCGACACUAGACGAGUUUGAUAAAUGGAUUUUGGCGCGCCUUCACAGUACCCAGGACACAGUAAAGAAAUCAUUUGAAACCUUUACUUCUCAAAUCGCAGUAAACGAGCUUGAGAAGUUCUGGAUAACUGGACUUUGCGAUGUUUACCUCGAGGUUAUUAAACCGGACGUCUGGAAUUCCACUUCCUGCUUUCCCAGACGCAUUUCUGUACUUCGUGAAGUUAUUCGAACAUUUCUCAUCAUAGCGUCGCCGUUUCUACCGCAUCUUACAGAAGAGCUUCAUCACAAAUUGCAGCUUAUGGCCGGUCUAUCUAGAGAGGAGUGUACGUCAAUUCAUGCUCAACAGUGGCCUUCGACACGCCAGUGGCACAAUGAUGAUGUUGUACAUGACGUAGCGAAAUUUUUGGAUUCGCUAAGCCAAGUUCGAAUGACAAAACAGCGCAAAGGACUUCCGCAAGCCGUAAAAAUACUGUCCGAGCUACGGCUAAACGAGAAGCGAAGAAAAAUUGCUUGCCUGUUAUGCAAGAUCAAACCGGACCAAGUGGGGGAAUCAAAGCAGAUGUUGUGAAUAUGCUAAAAACCGAAACAUAGU